AUGGUUGCACAAUAUUCCAAAGCUGUUCAAAACUAUGAAAAAGCGAUUAAUAUUCAAACAGAAGUCUUUUCCCAACCUCAUCCAGAUUUAGCUAAGACAUAUAACGAUAUUGGCUCAGCAUAUUCUGGCAUGGGUGAAUACGCGACUGCUCUUGAAAAUUACAAUAAAGCGUUUGAAAUACAGCAGAAAGCUUUACCAUCCGCUCAUUCAGACUUCGCUACAACUUACAACAACAUAGGUUCAGUAUACAUUGAUACUGGCGAAUAUUCAAGAGCUCUUGAAAACCACAAUAAGGCUCUUGACAUUUUGCUCAAGUCGUCGAUCGAAUCAGAUUUGGCCAGAAGUUAUAAUAAUAUAGGUGUAGCGUAUUCACAUAUGGGAGAACAAUUCAGAGCUCUUGAAAACUACAACAAAGCUUUGGAAAUUUGUCAGAGGUCUGCAUCGUCGAAUGAUCUAUGUUUAGCCCCCACUUAUAACAACAUAGGUUCCGUGUAUUCCAGUAUGGGUGAGCAUUCAAGAGCUCUCGAGAACUACUAUAAAACACUCGAGAUUUAUACCAAAUCGUUGUCACCCACUCAUUCCAAUACCGCCAAGACUUACAGCAGCAUAGGCUUAGAGUACUUGCGUAUGGGCGAAUACUCGAAAGCUGUUGAAAACUGCAAUAAAGCAGUAGCGAUUCAACAACAAUCUUUGUCUCCUGAUCAUCCAGAUUCAGUCAGCAUUUUCAACAACAUCGCUGGUGUUUAUGAUCAUAUGGGCAAUUAUUCUAGAGCUCUUGAAGUCUACAAAAUGGCACUGAGAAUAUAUAGAAAAACUUUGCCACCGACUCAUCCUUAUUUAGCAUCGGCUUACAACAACAUCGCUGGUGUGUAUUCGAGCAUGAGUGAUCAUUUAAAAGCUCUGGAAAAUCAAAAGAAAGCAAUUAAAAUUCGACAGAGAGUAUUACCACCGACACAUCCCGAUUUAGCCAUGAGCUACAACAAUAUUGGUUCGGUAUAUACUGAUAUGGGGGAAUCCACAAAAGCUCUCGAAUACUACAAAAAGGCUAUCAAAAUUCAACUCAAAAUUCUGCCAUCCAGAUCUGCAGAUUUAGCUAGAACCUAUGGUAAUAUGGGUUUAUUGUAUUCUUAUAUUGGUGAUGAUUCAAAAGCUCUGGAAAAUCAAAGAAAAGCACUUGCAAUUCGACAGAAAGUGUUAUCAUCGGUUCAUCCGGAUUUAGCCAUAAGUUACACGAAUAUAGGUUCGAUAUAUUCUCGUAUGGGCGAUCAUCCAAAAGCUCUGGAAAAUCAAAACAAAGCACUUCAGAUUCAAGAGGAAAUAUUACCGCCGACUCAUACCGAUUUAGCCCGCAGCUAUAGCAACAUAGCUUUAACCUAUUCUCGUAUGGGUAAUCAUUCAAGAGCUCUGGAGAAUCAGAAGAAGGCACUUGAUAUUCAAGAGAGAGUACUGCCACCAAUCCAUGCAGAUUUAGCCACAAGCUACAUGGAGCUAGGUUCAAUAUAUUCUCGCAUGGGUGAUCAUUCAAAAAUUUUCAUAUAUUACAAUAAGGCACUUGAAAUUUAUCGAAAGAUUUUGCAAUCUGCUCAUCCAAAUUUCGCAACAACCUACAAUAACAUAGGUUUAGUGUAUUCCCGGAUGGGUGAUUAUUCAAGAGCUCUCGAAAAUUACAACAAGGCACUCGAAAUUCAACAGAAAGUAUUGUCUCUCUCUCAUCCAGAUUUGGCCACAACCUAUAACAAUAUAGGUUCAGUGUAUUCUGAUAUGGGUGAUUAUUUAACAGCACUUGAAAACUACAACAAGGCACUUGGGAUUCAACAGAAAGUACUGUCGCUGACUGAUCCAAGUUUGGCCACAACCUAUAAUAAUAUUGGUUCGCUGUACUCUGGUAUUGGCCAACAAUCAAGGGCUCUGGAAUAUUACAAGAAGGCACUUGCAAUUCAAGAGAAAGUAUUGCCAUCAAUCCAUGGAGAUUUGGCUGCAAGCUACAGCAAUAUAGGUUUAGUGUAUGCUGAAAUGGGUGAUUAUUUAAGAGCUUUGGAAAGUCAAAAGAAAGCACUUGAAAUCAAACGGAAAAUCUUACCAUCAAGCCAUCGGAGCUUAGCCACAAGCUACAACAAUUUAGCUCUAGUGCAUUUUCGUGUUGGUGAUUAUUCAAAAGCCCUUCAAAAUCAGAAGAAAGCCCUUGAAAUUCAAGAGAAAGUAUUGCCACGAAUCCAUGCAGAUAUAGCCAUGAGCUACAACAAUAUAGGUUGGAUAUAUUCUUCUAUGGGAAAAUACACAAUUGCUCUCGAAAAUUACAACAAGACUCUCGAAAUUCGACGCAGAGUUCUGCCGUCGACACAUCCAGAUUUAGCAAAAAGUUACAACAAUAUAGGUUCAGUGUAUUCUCGUAUGGGUGAUGAGUCAAAAGCUCUCGAAAACUAUAACAAGGCCUAUGAAAUUCUCGAGAAAAACUCCCACUUGACUCAUCUCAAUUUAGCCAACACUCGAAACAACAUCGGUUUAGUGUAUUCUCAUAUGGAUAAUCAGUCAAAAGCUCUUGAAAAUUACGAUAAAGUUCUCGAAAGUUUUCCUAAGUCUUUGCCAUCUACUUAUCUCAGUCAAGCUAUGAGAUACAACAACAUUGGUCCUAUAUAUUCUCAUAAAAGCGACUAUCCUAGCGCUCUUCAGUACUUGUAUAAGGCACUGGAAAUUCUACGUAAAAAUUCACCAUCUACAGACCCAAAUCUCGCCAAAGUUUAUAACAACAUCGGUGGAGUGUAUUUAAAUAUGGAUGAACAUUCAAAAGCUCUGGAAAACUACCAAAAAGCACUUGAAAUCCGAGAAAAAUAUCAACCACCGAAUUAUCUUGAUAUAGCCGAGACAUGUGAUCAUAUUGGUUUAACGUACGAAAGAAUGGGUGACAACUCAAAAGCACAAGAAUAUUUCAAAAAAGCGCACGAAGCAAGACAACAAUUGAAUUUGUUGUUCAAUGAACUUUGUAAUUCAACUUCAUCGUCGUCUACUCUUAGUUUAAACUGA